AUGAAAACCGAUCGCGGCUCAGCAGCGGCCGUGGACGGCGAGGCCUGCUGCACAUGCGCGAAGCUCCUCGCCUCUGUCCCCCGACACAGCGCCGCCACCGAGAAGCCACUCCCGGACGACAGGCGACCCGAGUGCUGCUCUCGAGUCAUCUGCGGAAACUGCAUCCACAACAACCCCCGUUUCGCAUCCUACUGCCCGUACUGCCAGACCUCCUCGGCGCCCUCUGUGCUACCCCCGAACCUCAGGGACCCGCCGUCGUACAGCUCCUUCCCGCCGACGCACCACCUCUCCUCCGGCGCUCCGGCGGCCCCGCCUCCGCCGUACGCGCCCAGCGCCGCCGACGCACCUCUGGACGAAAAGAGCGGCGGCUGUGCCCCGUCGUCGUCGUCCUCGACCGCGACGCCGCCCGAGGACACCCUCCACUUUCUGGACCACGAGCACGACACCAUCGCCUCGCUGUCCCUCCGUUACGGCGUGCCCGCCGCCGUCCUCCGCCGCGCCAACAACAUCGCCAGCGACCACCUCUUGCAGGGCCGCCGGACGAUCCUCAUCCCGGGCGAAUACUACGCCGCCGGCGUGAGCCUGUCGCCGCGCCCCGUCGAGGGUGAGGAAGAGGAGCUGCGCAAGAGCCGCAUCCGCCGCUUCAUGACCGGGUGCAAGGUCUCCGACUACGACGUCGCCGUGCUGUAUCUCGAGCAGGUCGGCUACGACCUCGCUGCGGCGAUGGAGGCCUACCUGGACGAUGAGGCUUGGGAGAGGAACAACCCCGUGCAAGAGGGCGGAAAGAGGAAGAAGAGCAAAGCCGCACCGCGUGAUCGCGGGCCCUUUUGGAGGGGCUCUGCGUGA